AUGUCAUCCUUAGUAAAGAACGUUAUUGUCUUUGGUGCAACUGGUCAAAUAGGAAAGCUUCUUCUCAAAGAACUUGUAAGUUCCAACUUGAAUCCCACAGCUGUUGUUAGAUCGACAGAACAAGAAAAAACUAUAUCUAACAUAUCCAGUCAAAUAACCUCUGUGCAUUUGACGCUCGAUAAUGCCUCUGUAAAAGACAUUGCGAAGGUAAUUGAGGGUCAUGAUGCCGUAGUUUUUACUGCAGGAUCUGGUGGUAAAAAUCUAUUACAAGUUGAUUUAGAUGGUGCUGUUAAGACAUUCGAAGCUGCACGUAUUGCUAGUGUACGUAGGUUAGUACUUAUAAGCGCGCUUCAUGCUGAUGAUAGAGAAUAUUUCGCAAAAUCACCUCUUCGUAAUUAUUACAUUGCUAAGCACUUUGCUGAUAGGAUUUUGAUGAAUGAAUUUCAAAAUGAUUUGGAUUUUACAAUAUUGAAGCCCUCUUCAUUGACCAAUAAUGAAGGCACCGGAAAAAUUAGAAUAAUAGGCCCAAACGAAGGUUUAGACUCUUCUAUCGAUAGAGUUGAUGUCGCUCGUGUUAUUGUACAAACCUUGAAUAAUACCAAGACUUUUGGAAAGAGUUACAACAUCAUUCAAGGCGAUUUAGAUAUUAGGGACCCUACUAUUUUUUAA